AUGGCCAUGCUGUUCUUCCCCAUGCAGCUGCUGGCAGCAGCUGUCACCAUUUACCUAGAGCUGGUGAGGUCUGCUCAAGGUGGCGUCUACUAUGGGCUCAAGCAGCUGCCACCCCAAGUGCCCCAGUACCAACCCCUCGGACAACAAGUACCUCACAUGCCGCUGGGCAAAGAAGGUAUCCCGAUGCAGCACAUGGGCAAGGAGGUGCCCCACAUGCAGUACGGGAAAAGACCCCCUCUGCUCGGCAAGGACAUGGCUCCCAAGAAAGAGAAAGAAAUGCCCAUACGCAGUCUGAGGGGCGAGCAAGGUCCCCCCGGUGAGCCUGGACCAAGAGGGCCACCAGGGCCACCAGGAUUACCGGGUCAUGGUGUGCCAGGAGCCAAAGGAAAACCAGGCCCACAAGGAUACCCAGGAAUUGGGAAGCCGGGUUUGCCGGGGAUGCCGGGGAAACCGGGGGUCAUGGGACCCCCAGGGCCGAGAGGGGAGAUGGGGCCGAAGGGGGAGAUCGGGCCCAUGGGGAUACCUGGGCCGCAAGGACCACCAGGGCCUCACGGGCUUCCUGGCAUAGGGAAAGCAGGUGCUCCGGGGCUGCAGGGGCAGCCGGGGCCGAAGGGUGAGCCUGGGAUGAAGGGGCCCCCGGGAGUCCCUGGGAUCCCAGGGCCGAAAGGCGAGAAGGGUGUCGGGAUCCCGGGUUUGCCAGGGCUGAAGGGUCCACCUGGCCUCCCUGGCCCGCCUGGUCCCGUGGGGCUGCCAGGGGUCGGCAAGCCAGGUAUGGUUGGCUUCCCUGGCCCCCAGGGACCCCUGGGCAAACCCGGACCCCCAGGAGAGCUGGGGCUGCAGGGGCCCCCGGGGGUCCCCGGGAUCCAAGGCCCUCCGGGUUUGCCCGGCGUUGGCAAACCCGGCCAGGAUGGUGUCCCCGGCCAGCCGGGCUUCCCAGGUGGCAAAGGGCCGGGCAUCAUGGGCCCCCCGGGGGCUGCUGGCUUCCCAGGACCCAAAGGAGAAGGGGGUGCUGUGGGGCCACCGGGACCGGUUGGCCCAAAGGGCGAACCCGGCCUGCAAGGGUUUCCAGGAAAGCCAGGCUUUCCCGGGGAAGUGGGGGCCCCUGGGCUGCGGGGGCUGCCGGGCCCCACAGGGCCCAAGGGGGAAGCUGGACACAAAGGCUUGCCAGGGCUGCCGGGGGGCCCAGGGCUCGUGGGGCCGAAGGGCGAGCCGGGACUCCCCGGCGCCCAAGGGCUGGAGCCCGGCCUGCCUGGACCCCCUGGCUUCCCUGGCGUGGGCAAGCCUGGUGCCGCGGGGCUGCAGGGUCCCCCGGGGAAGCCUGGGGCACUCGGUCCCCCUGGCCAGCCAGGACUCCAGGGGCCACCUGGCCCCCCCGGGCCCCCAGGUCCCCCGGUCAUCAUCCCACCCACUCCACCGGCCGUAGGACAGUACCUGCCCGAGGUGGGGCCAGGGAUAGAUGGCGUCAAGCCCCCCUACGGCUACAUGGGCAAGAAAGGCAAGGCUGGUGGCGCCGUCUACGAGAUGCCCGCGUUCACGGCGGAGCUCCUCACCCCCUUCCCCCGGGUCGGGGUGCCCGUGAAGUUCGACAAGCUCCUCUACAACGGCCGGCAGAACUACAACCCCCAGACGGGGAUCUUCACCUGUGAGAUACCUGGUGUCUACUACUUCGCCUACCACGUCCACUGUAAAGGGGCCAGCGUCUGGGUGGCAUUGUUCAAGAACAACGAGCCGCUGAUGUACACCUACGAUGAGUACAAGAAGGGCUUCCUGGACCAGGCGUCGGGCAGCGCCGUCGUCCAGCUGAUGCACGGAGACAAGGUUUACGUUCAAAUGCCAUCCGAGCAGGCGGCAGGACUCUAUGCCGGGCAGUAUGUUCAUUCAUCUUUUUCAGGAUAUUUAUUGUAUCCCAUGUAA